AUGUCCUACUCCAACCCUCCCUCCACCGCACUUCAUAACGGAACGCUGAACCUGCCAAUCCUCAAGUUCUCGUAUACUACUACGUCUGCGGACCGUACCGCUCCGUUAGCGUGGACACAUCUAUCUGGUGGCUCCGACCUGUCGGUCAGUUUCUCUGCUGUACGUGUAAGAGACGAGACCUCAAAGUGGACAAGGGAGAGCAAGCUGCUGAAAGUUUUGAAAGGGCGGGAGGUGUUGGAGGAGAUUGAUCUGGGAUUACUCGCAAAGAGAGGAGCGUCGAUAUCUGCGGGGGAUGCUAAGGCGCCAGUGGCUAUCGUUGUGAAGACUCCAUGUCUGGCUAUACGAUAUCCGUCCAUUGCUAACCAGGUAUUUACACGAGCUAUCUCUGGUGUCGAUUUUACAGGGCUAACUUUGCUAGACACCUGUGCUGAAAGAAGCAAAAUGCCCGAUAACCGAGCCGCCGUCAUCAGCGGUACAGAUGUUACCAUAUACAACUCCAGCACUAAGGCCCAGGAGUCAUCAAUGACUCUGCCAAACCUACCUAUGGCUCGCUCAAGCUCGGUCAUGGCACAGUCACAUUGUCCAAAGCCGCCACAGACAAAUGCACAAGCAGAGUCAGAAGCAGAAGCACAGGUUGAAUCAGCUCCUCGGCCAUCAACAGCGCCAACAUUCCUCACUUCAGAGUCUAUUAACCAGCUUCUGCCACCGAAGCGAGACCUGCCAUUUGCAAAGGCAAAGAAAAGGCUUGCUGAAAGAUCUCCAUCAGGGGUUCCUAGCCCCAAGAAAACAGGUAGAGUUGGCCAGGGAAGAGGUGGCCAGCAUAAUGCUUGCCCAGCAGCUGCAGAAAAUGUAGCCAGAACAGCACAUACGUCAAUGGCAGGACCGAGCGUACAACAAGCCAGCCAUAGUCUAACGAGGGGCAAAGAAGGCGAGAAAGAAGGUGAAUCUGGCCGUGACAUUGCAAGGCCCCUCCUUCCAUCUCCGAGCAUUUCGCCGCAGAAGGGAGGGGGCAAACACGGGGUGAGAAAAGACACAAUCACCACCACAGAUGGUGCAGUAGGGGGAGAGAAGGAUAUCGGCUGCUCCAAGAGCACAGGCCUCCUUCCAUUUACCCGUGAAGAUCUGUCGAGCUACGCUUCGCGCCCGAACGCCGAACGAUCCGAUCUGAUCGAGUCGUGGGUAUGCCAGCAACUGCAAAACGACUCGUUCAUAACGCUCUGCCAGGACAUGGAGGGAGUCUGGAAACGACUUGCAUUUGGAUUUUGA